UUGAAAGAGUUAUUGAAUAAACAUUUACUGAGAGCCAGUAGGUUUAGGAGGAGGAGUGAAGGAGAAUUAGCAUUUAUGAAUUGCCUUCUGUAUGUUAAAUGUAGUGCUGAUUGUUGUACAGUAUUUAACGCUCUUCAAGGCCUCAAUAGGUUAUAGCCUUUGGCCGCAGGGAGAUCACAUACAUUCUCCUGAGGCCUAUAGCCAUUUGGCACAAAUAACUGAUAACCAUUUCAGUCUGUAUUUCCUUCCUGAGAAAGCUGGACCUGGGCCUAGUAGGCGUAGAAGUCUUGUUUCCAUAGAAACAGGAGGGUCGGUACGAGUGAAAUGAGGCAGGAAGUGCAAUGUGCACUUCCGGCUUACGCCAGUGUCGCGGACAACCGUAAGUUGGAGCCGCGCAAUUGCACAUGGUGGUUUCCUGAGAGGAUGCCGCUCGUGGUGUUUUGCGGACUGCCGUACAGCGGCAAGAGCCGGCGUGCUGCAGAACUGCGCGAGGCGCUGGCGGCCGAGGGCCGCUCGGUGUACGUGGUGGACGACGCGGCGGUGCUGGGCGCGGAGGACACAACCGUGUACGGCGACUCUGCCCGUGAGAAAGCGUUGCGCGGAGCCCUGCGAGCCGCGGUGGAGCGGCAGCUAAGUCGCCAAGACGUGGUCAUCUUGGACUCGCUUAACUACAUCAAGGGCUUCCGCUACGAGCUCUACUGCCUAGCGCGGGCGGCGCGCACCCCGCUCUGCCUGGUCUACUGCGUACGGCCCGGCGGUCCGAGCAGGGCGCCUCACGUGGCAGGCGCGGAGGAAAACAGGAGCCGGAAUGUCAGUGUGAGUUGGCGGCCACGCUUUGAGGGCGGGACUCCUCAGGCGGCGGGCACUGGUGUCCUAAGGGAACUGGAUGCAGCGAGUUCUGUAGUAAACGGGAGUACCCAGGCCGACAUACCUAAGGAACUGGAGCCAGAGGAAACUGGGGUAACAGGUUCUCCAGCUUUCGUGACUCUGCAGACCGAAAAAUCUGCAAAGCCUGUGUCUAGUAGUGCCUUUUAUCCUCCCGAACUUCUGGAGGCCCUAACGCUGCGUUUUGAGGCUCCCGACUCUCGGAACCGCUGGGACCGGCCUUUGUUCACCUUGAUUGGCUUAGAGGAGCCUUUGCCCCUGGCGGAGAUCCAGGCUGCCCUGUUUGAGAAUCGACCCCCUGCACCCCACCAGUCUACACAGUCCCAGCCCCUUGCCUCGGGCAACUUUCUGCACCAGUUGGACCAGGUCACCAGCCAGGUGUUGGCUGGGCUGAUGGAAGCGCAGAAGAACGCUGUUCCUGGGGAUUUGCUCACGCUUCCUGGUACCACGGACCACCUGCGGUUUACCCGGCACUUGACCAUGGCAGAACUGAGUCGCCUCCGUCGCCAGUUUAUUUCAUACACUAAAAUGCAUCCUAACAAUGAGAACUUGCCCGAACUGGCCAAUAUGUUUCUUCAGUAUCUGAGCCAGAGCCUGCACUAACCAGAGUGGUAGGGGAAAGCUCCUAACUUCCACUGUGUUUUAUAUCUCUGGGAAGAAUAGUCUGAGGGUCUGCAGAGCAUAUUGAUAUAGUACUGUACUAGAGCUGUUGUGACUGAUUCGCUCAAAUUUUCCUGUCUCUGUGCUAGGCCUUGCAUUUACAGCGUUAGUUGAGACUGGAGAGAAUGGAGAACUAGCUUGGAGUAUCCCAGCAAAUUCCUUCAAAGGAGAGAGCUCAGGUGAACAGAGGUUGCUUACAGUGGAUUCUACACACCGUUGUUUUCCCCUGAGUUUGUGGGAGAGCAGACUGGAUGGAUGAGAAUUGCUUUAAAACAAUUGUGAACAGAAACUGAAGAUGGCACGGUUCUGUGUAUGCACCUACCCUUUUUUCAUACCAAACAUUUUUUUGGUACCAUACUUUUCCUAGUCUCUGACCUGGGACUGAGUUCACAGAUAUAUCCACUGGUUUCUGUCCUUGGGAGGCUUUGAUUUUGUGGAACUGAAAACAUAACCACCAGAUUAUUUCCUCUAAAAAAUCUUUUAAAGUAGAUUGUCUAUUGGAAUCUCUUUCAUGUAAUGCAACUUAAUGUUCUCUGUGUAACUUAAUAAAACAUUUUAAACACAUGUAUCAUUGUUAUGCCUUAGAAACAGUAUUUUGAUAGUGCUCGGUGAAGACUAGCACUAGUUUUGGUCUAACCUAGAGUAAUUAUAUUAUGACAACUCCCGUAACUAUUGUGCUUCAUUCUGUAUUUCAAGGCAAAUGUCACUAAGGUUGUCUUUUAUUCUUUCUU